AUGUUCAGCUAUUCCGGUGAGCAGUUCUCCCAUGACUGGCGGUACAAAAUCAACCAGGAUUUUAAAACCGACAGCGAUGAGCCGUUUCCCUACGUCGAAGGAGGGCACUUGGAAUGGGGUUCUGAAGACUACAAAAUCAUGCUGCCGUCACAACCAACCGCGGUUGUCGUGAGCUCGGACAACUCGCUCCUUGCGGUUGCUGUUGAACACGACAUUCAUAUUUUCGGCACAGAGGAAUUCAAACUCCAACAAGUGCUGAAGGGCCACAUUUCGCGAGUCGACGCUAUCGCCUUCCAGCCAGGCGAUGCGAAUGUUCUUGUCUCGGCGGCCACAAACAACUAUGGCGGAUCCGUGAAGGCCGACUGCGAAGUCAUCAUUUGGGAUUUGCAUGCGCAAAAGACUCGCCCCAGAAUUGAUGAAGCCACCAUCUCCAACAUUGCCAGAGAAGCUAGCGACGCUGUCGCAGCGCGCCUCUCCGAAGGCGAAGUUCCCCUGAUUCUCACAGAGGCCGAAAGUGGAAAUUUGUCAAAAGACAUUGAGAGCCUGGUAACAAAGCUUACCACCAAACACAGCGUUGCAGAAGAUGCGAAAAUUGCAGGGCGAUUGUUGACUUCUUUCGACACCAAUUACUUCAAUCCCUCGGGGGAUAAACUCAUGUACCUACCCGGCAAUCGACCUCGAUCCAACUCGAACGUCCCUUGGGAGAUGCGUGUGCUGUCCAUGGAGACACGCAAGGAUCUUUUUACUUUGGACGGCCAUACCGACGCGAUCAUGUGGUCCGGCUUCAGUCCUGAUGAAACAUUGAUAGGCACCUGCUGCUGGGACACCACCAUGAGGAUAUGGGAAGCCCAGAACGGCAAUCUCAAGUUCAGAUUCGAGACCGGAAAACAAAAUUGGACCGGCGGCUUCUCACCGGAUUCCAAGCUCUUUGCGGGAACCAGCGGUGAUGGCACACUUUAUCUCUACUCAAUGUCAGAUGGUUCAACUUUGUGGUCGCGUCAAAUGAAUGUCGACUGGUGUCGACAUUUGUCGUGGUCGGCAGAUAGUCGCAUGCUAGCCAUUGGAGGUCGUAGGCUGGGCACCGUGUUUGUGAUUGACGUGGAGCAGAAUGAAAUCGUUCAGCAACGGGAGCUGAGUACAGAUGCGUGCAAGGUGGAUGAUGAACGUAAAAAAAGAUUACUGAAAAGCUACCUUGAAGUGCACAGCGUUCGUUACGUGGAUUCAGGCUGCAAGCUUGUUGUCUUUACCGUUGGAGAUGGAGGGAUCGAAGUGUACGACCUUCAGAAGCAACACAAGUGGCGCUUCGCCCGACUUGGAACUGACGAGGACAUCCCUCACGAGCCCCCGGUAGAUGAGCCCCAGGGUAAGAGUGGCUACGAAGCGGCCAUAUGGGAGGACUCGAGGAAUGGCAAAGUCAUGAUGGCAGCUGUCGCUGACAAUGAUGUUAGAGUCUGGAGCGUGCCUUUGGACGGUGCCUCGACUCAGUAG